AUCGAUUGUGGCAAUGCUUGGCAAUGCUUGGUAAUUGAGCAACUCCACGGAAAUUCUCGCCAUGAUUUAGCAAUCUUAUCAACCCCUCCAUAAGCCAAGGGUCCUCCUACCUACUAAUCGGGCUGCCACAUACAAAUCUCAACGAACACCUCACUCGACACCAUUCACGUUCCCGUCUUUGCGUAAACCGACCGGCGGCAUUCCUCUUAUUCUCAUCCCACCCACUCAUUUCGCCGCGUCUGCAAGAUGUCUCCGAGUCUCGAGAUGGAUCUAACCCCCGAUUUCGACCCCGCCAACCGCGCGGGGGCCGGCGCCGGCGCCCCUCCAUCCACAAAAACCGCCACAACAAAUGACACCUCUUCUUCUUCAUCAUCAUCAUCCAGAACCCUCCUCCUCGCGCCACCCUCGCUUGCGUCCCGCCAGGACCGCAUCGGCGCGCUCUUCGCCACCCACCCGCGCGCCACCACCGACCUGCAGAUGCUGGACCGCCUCGCCGCGGGGCUGGUGACGCUCCCCGCCGCGACAUACGACCUCGUGCUCGUGCUGACCGACCCGGACGGCUCGCGCCGUGCCGAGGCCUUUGCGCUCCUGCGCGACCGAGCCGUCUGGGCGCGCUUGGUGCCUGCGCUCAAGGCGGGCGGGACGCUGCGGAGCGAGGACGGGAGUCUCGCGCCGGGCCCGGAUGCGGGUGCGGAAGCGAGGGAGGCGGUUCUGGCUGGGUUGGUUGCGGCUGGGGGGGACGGUGUGGAUGGGUUCACGAAGCCGGAGUAUGAGGAGGAGGUGGUGGUGCCGUUGCGGUUUGGGUUGAGCAAGACGAACGGGAAGAGUACAAAUGGUGGGGAGGAGGCGACGCAGAAGCAGAAUGGGACGAACGGGGAGGCGAAGGCUGCGGCGCCGGCGGGGGUUGGGUUUGUUGAUUUCAGCGACGAACUGGAUCUAGAUGUGGAUCUGGACGCGGAGGAUGACGACGAUGUUAUUGACGAAGAUACCCUGUUGACGGAGGAGGACCUGCGGAGGCCGAUCCAGCAGCCGCCGGAGUGCCAGCCGCAGCCGGGCAAGAAGAGGAGGGCGUGCAAGGAUUGCACAUGCGGCCUGGCGGCGAGGAUGGAGGCCGAGGACAAAGCGCGACGUGCCAAGGCUGACAAGGAGCUGAACACACUGAAGCUCAAGUCCGAGGAUUUGAACGAGUUAGACUUCACCGUCCCCGGCAAGACCGGCUCCUGCGGCAGCUGUUACCUGGGCGACGCGUUCAGAUGUUCUGACUGUCCCUACAUCGGUCUUCCCGCAUUCAAACCUGGUGAGGAGGUCAAGAUUCUGAACAACACUGUUCAAUUGUAAAGGUGGCGGGCUUAGGAGCAUAGCAUGAGAAUAAGGAAUACCACAACCAUUUGGCAAGCUUCGGCGGACGAAUGCGGAUAGUGCGAAGGAUUUCUGGCCGUACGAUGAGAGGCACCACGUGGUUAGUUCUAUCACUGCCGUCUCUGCAGAAGGAUACGGUACUGGGUUCGAUGACCAAACGAGUACUCAACAGUAAGAAGAAACCCUGCCCUUAAAAUUGUGAAUGAGCUGGUGAAAUAGAAGGACCCUUGGCAACGUCUGGGUAAUGACACACUUGUUGAUGAUCUGUUGUGCGAUAAUGGCUUAUUCUAGUCCUGUGUUGUGAAGCGCUGUGGAGGC